AUGAAGUUCUCCGCUGCUCUCUUCACCCUCUCCGCCGCCCUCGGCGUCUCAGCCGCUCCCGCCGCUGAGUCCGUCAACAUGAUGGCCGCCGCUCCCCAAUGGACCAUCCGCGACGCCAAGCGCUACUGCCGCUCCGACGACUCCAUCUGCAACUGGAAGUUCGGCAUCGACACCGGCAACGGCAAGCCUUACGAGUGCCGCUACGACGUCAAGGGCCCCGGCGCCAGCAAGAAGCGCGCCGCCGGCCCCUCCACCUGCGGCGACUACACCGUCACCUCCGGCUGGAGCGACCAGUUCGGUGCUGACCAGGGCUUCACUACCCUCUCUGUCGUCUCCAACUCCAAGCGCCAGAUCAUCUGGCCCGCUUACACCGACAAGCAGCUUGCUGGUGCUAAGAUUGUCAAGCCUGACCAGUCUUACUCUCCUGCUUCGCUCCCUAAAUAA